AUGAAUGACAUACAUCAAUCAAUACUUUCAACAAAAAUGCUUACAAUGCGACAACGUUUACCAUUUCGUGAAGUACCAUCAUUUCAUAUGAUUAAAUUAGAACGUGGUCUUAUUCAACGUUCACUUCUCUAUUGUUUUGAAAAAGGUUAUUUUUCAUUAAUUCGUUAUUUACUUCAAUCAGGUUCAGCAGAUGCACGUGAACGUGAUAAUGAAGGUCGCAAUGGUCUUAUGUACUGUUGCUUUAUUGAUAAUGAUUGUUGGGCACAAAAUAUUGCUAUGGUUUUACUUGAAUAUGGUGCGAAAGUAGAAGAUCAAGAUCAACGUAAACUUAAUGCUUUACAUUAUGCUAUUGUAACACAACGAUCAAUUUUAGUUCGACGUUAUCUUGCUUCACUUGAUUUUGAUCUUAGUCGAACAACAGAUAUUUAUGGUAAUACAUGUUUACAUUAUGCAUGUUCAACUGGUAAUGCUGAUAUUACUCGUUCUAUUCUUGAUGCUAUGAAACGUUAUUCAAUUGAUUUAAACAUCAAAAAUCGUCACGAAUCAACAGCAUAUGACAUUGCUUGUGCAUUAAAACAUGAACGUUGUCAGAAUUUAUUACGUAAUGAAAUAACACUUCAUGAACGUAAUAAUCAAAUACCAACAAAUAAAAAUGUAUCACAUAUAGCUCUUAAAUCAUUAUUUGAAAGACGUUCAUCAAUACCGAUUCGAGUACGUUCAAUAACAACAACAACACAGCAUACUGAAUCAAUUGCAUCCGUACCAAUAUAUGCUUUAAGUUCAAAAAUUUUUCGUAAUCAUUGUCCAACUACAUUAAAUUGUAAUAGUGAAAAUGUUGUUCAUUCAUCAACAAUAUUUGUUGAUCCAAUUGAAUCACGUCGUAUAACACUUAAACGUAACGAAAGUCUUGAUUUAUCACUUUCUAAUCAAGCUAAACAUCGAGCUGAUUUUGUUGCAUCACCAUUUAUAAGUCAAAGUACUAUUUUUAGUUCAUCAUCAUCAACAUGGCGUGAUGAUUUUUCAAAAAUGUUCAAUGAAUUACAAACAUUUAAAACACCAUCAUAUAGAAAAACUAUUCAUCCACCAUUAAGUACUGAAUUACCAAGUGAACUAUUCGAUAAUUCAUCUGAGAUGGGUGGUACAGAUGUAUAUGAUGGUAGUCAUCAUCAAUCAUCAUCACCUUUUCGAACUGGUUUAUCACAGAAAGUUAUUCAUCGACGACAAAGUAGCGCGUCUAGUGGUUCAGUACAGCAUAAAACGAAAAAGUAA